GCCGGUUUCAGUUCGGUGGGGGAAGUAAAAUGGCGGACAUGGAUGGGCAGGGCCUUUUAUUGUAUUCAAAAAUGUGCAAUCUUUAGUGCUUUGAAGAGCCCUCAAGGUUUUAAAGUAAAUAUUUCAUUGUUUCAGUGAGAGAGAGCUCUUUUCAGGACCGUCUAUCCAGAUUGAAGUCCGGCGAUUAAGAUGGGGACAGAUGAGGAGUGCAAGGGGGGUGGCCACCCGGAGCCAAAGACAGAAGAGAUUUCCCAAAUUGAAGAGGAAGAGGAAGAGGAAGAUGAGGAGAAAGAAGGUAUUGCAAAGGAAGGGAGUGGGGACGAAGAGCAGGACUCUCGGAGGAGAAGCAAACCAGCCCUGAGAUGUAAACAAGAAGAUGGAGACAGUCUUGAGGACCAGCCCAAUGAGCUUGGGGCUUCUGUAGUUGCCAUAGAGACCACCUCCUUGUCUUGGAUCCCAGGGGAGGCGUCAUCACCGCAGCUGGUUGACAGUGGUGAGAUUGAAGUGGAGGUGACUGCAGAGGUCCGUGUGGAAGAAGGCUCGACUCUGGCUCUGCUGUCCUCAUUACUCCUGCCCUCUCGCUCCCGCAAGUCAGGUCUUCCCUCCUCGCAUCCUCACCCCAGAACGCUAAGACUGAUGAGGGAGCUUCUCUCGCUGGGCUGCCCUUACUCUUCUCCAUCCCCUUCCCCACUCUCGUCUCCUCCUCCUCGGCUUCCAGGCCCCACUCCAGCCCCAGGCUUCAGGACGAGGCCUGUCUCCUGCACCAAGAGCCCCUCUGCACCCUCCUCUCCCUCCAGCUCCCCGUCGUCGCCCUCCUCUCCCCCGUCCUCCCCUUCCUCCCUGCCCUCCUCCUCCUCCACCUCGCCCGGCCGACCCAACAACAACAACAACCCCUACAACGACACGGACGACCGCUUCCGCGCGGUGGGCAACGGCUCUGGCGGCGACGUGGUGUCCUCCACCUCCUCUCUGGGGCCCGCGCGCUGCCUGGGCGGCCCGCCACCCCUCUUCUCCUCCGCGUCCUCCUCGGCCAAUCCGGCGUGCCGACGCCUGGGCCAGCCCGCCCACCUUGAUGGCGACAGCCAACCAGACGGGCAGCAGCCCGACGAGGCGGAGAUCUACGACCCUUUCCAGCCCACCGACGGGGAAGGGGAGCAGAAGAGCCAGCAGGAGGGAGAGGAGGAGGAGGAGGAGGAAGGGGAUAAGUACGACCCCUUCCAGCCAACGGGAUCCCCGGCCUCAGAGGAGCAGGAGCCGGAGGAGGACGGCACGGGCUCCCCCGAGGAGAUGGGAGAGGAGCUGCCCGAGAGACAGAGCCCUCAAGAGGGCGCCGCCACCCAGAUGGUGGACGAUAUGGACGAUAUCGACGGCACAGAGUACAAUCCAGACUCUCCUCCAGACUCUCCUCCAGACUCUCCUCCAGACUCACCUCCUUACUCACCUCCGGACACGCCUCCGGGCACGCCUCCGGACUCCACCGAGCUGCCCGUGGACGACGUCACGGCCUCCUCCUCCUCCUGCCUGGACGCCACUGCAGCACCAACGGAGGAGGCUGAGGCUGCCUCUCCCUCUGCCUCGCCCUCCCCAUCCUCCCCUGGCCAGCCUCCCUCCCCCACCACUACGCCUGCUGCUGCUGCCGCCACCACACCUCCCAGCCCCCCCCAGCCCAGCUCCUCCUCCUCCUCGAGGAAGCGGGUGGUGAGGGAGGUGCCGAGCGUCAGGCUGGAGCAGCGCAGGGUGCGGGGGGAGAAGAGGGACGGUCCUGACGGCCAUGACUCUGCGCACGACUCAGAGAUCGAGGAGGGCGAGAUCGUGGGCGCCGGCGACAACAAGGAGCGCUGGCGCAACCCGAUGGCGGACGGCGGGUCGCCGCCGGGUGGCGUGGGUGGUGGCAUGGCACUGAUCGGCAUGGGCAUGGGCACGGAGCGCAUCCUGCGGGUAAUGGAGGGCGACGGCUUUGUGUCUGUGUGCGCCACCGAGGCCCCGUGGGGCGCGGAGGGCGACGGCCUGCUGCCGCUGCCGCCGCCGGUGGUGGGGGUGGGGGACCUGCGGAGGAAGCUCACCAGCAGGAGGAAGGAGCGCUUCCGCCCCCUCCCCCUGUCUGUGACCCUCACCCCUCCGCCAGGGCCGGCGCUGCAUGGUUCGCUGCCCCCCGCCACCACCACCGGCGGCAGCGGAGGCGGCGGCCCGCUGGCCUCCACGCCCCCUGGCUCCCCACCCCUCGCCGCCGACCGCGAAAAGGCCCGCAAGUCCUCCAAGAGCUCGCGGGAGCGCAAGGCCAAGGAGGGCAAGGCGGAGAAGAGGAAGAAACGCAAGGAGGCCAAAGAGAAGGAGGGCAGGAGGAACCGGGAGAGCAGCAGCCGGAGGAGGAGCGAGAAGCAGGAGGAGAGGAAGAAGAAGGAGGAGAGGAAGAGGAGCAGUCGCAGCUCCAGCCGCAAGAGGAAGAGGAGAAAGCACGGUGGCGGUGGUGGCAGCCCCGAGCCACAGCACCACAACUCAGACGCCCGGGGAGGAGGAGGUGGAGGAGGACACGCGCACUCCAGGACACGCAGGUCCCUGUCAAGCCACUCGGACGAACAUCACCGGGAUCGCGAGAGAGACCGAGAACGAGACCGAGACGGAGAGAGAGACAGAGAGCGGGAGAGAGACAGGGAACGACAGAGGGACAGGCAACGAGAGCGAGAGCGAGAUCGGGAGAGAGACAGAGACAGAGAGAGAGACAGAGACAGAGACCGCGACAGAGAGCGAGAGAAGGAGCGGGACCGAGGGAGAGACAGAGACAGGCGACGCAGCGACAGGGAGAGAGACCGCAGCCGGGGAGACUCCCGAGGGGGGAAGAGCAGCCGGAAGAGAGAGAGGGAAGAGGAGAGAGGAGAGCACGGAUCCAGCAGCAGGGAACGUGCCAGCGCCACGCGGAGGUCACGGAGCAGCCGGGACAGACGAGACGACACCCGGGAGCAGGAGAGAGACCGGCAUCGAGACAGCGACAGAGACCGAGACAGAGACAGGGAUAUGGACCGAGACGGCAGGUCCGACAGGGACAAGAGGAGAGACCGGCGGCCCGUGGUGCCACCCUCCAUCCAGGACCUCAACGGCUCGGACCUGUUCGCCAUCAAGCGCACUAUCACGGUGACCACGACGACCACCACCACCACCCUGCCAGGGUCCCCGGGCCACCCGCGCUCGUCCCUCAGCCCGGCCUCGGGCAGGAGCGCCUCCCACAAGAGGAAGAGGAAGAGGAGGAGGCACUCUGAGGAGGUGAGGGAUGAGGAGGACGAAGAGGAGAGGAGGAGAAGGAGGCAUCACCGCAGCCGCUCGCGCCACGCCUCCCUCUCGCCGCACCGCUACCGCGGCGGCGCGGGAGACCGCGGCUACGAGUCGGACCGCUACUCGGCCGAGCGGCCCGAGCUGGACAUGCUGUCGCUGGACGGCGAGGCGCUGGACUCGGACUACCCGUCUUUGGAGGACUCCCCUCUCCUGCCGCUCUCCCCCGAGCUCCCGCCCUCGCCCUUACCCCCGCCCUCCAAGAGCAGCCCCCUGCUGCCUCCGCCCAAAGCCCCCUCCUCCAGGAAGAAGAAAUCCACCAAGAAGGGUGGCGGCGCUCAGUCGGACCCGGCCGCUCUCCGCACCGUCAAGGCCUCCAAAGGCUCCAAGACCCUCACCAUGACCUCCACCAACAACAACACCGGCGCCUCCUCACCGUCCCUCCAGUCAGGCGACCUCGGCUCCUCUGCUGCUCUGCCGUUGGCCGGUGCAGGCGGACCGUCCUCGGCCAAACGCGCCCGCAAAAACCGGAAGGAGAAAGCGGGCAAGAAGGAGGCCGGGGGAGGAGGAGGAGGCUCGCGGUCUAAGAAGGUUUCGGGCAAGAAGGCCAAGCUGCAGUCCAAGGCUGUGCUGGUCCGGGAAGGGGUGAGCAGCACCACGGGCGGUAACUCCACCGCCCCCGGUGGUGGUUCCGGGGGUAAGGGCGUGGAGCGCAUGGGUCCGAGCGGCGGCUCGUCAUCGUCAGUCGUCGGUGGCUCCAUCGCCGUGGUGUUCCGGCGGGACAACGAGAGCCGGUCUCCGUUCCUCAAGCCGUGCUCGGAGCCCCUCGGAGGGCUGCAGUCUCGCGGCGGCGGGGCCGGCGGCGGGGCAGGAGGAAAGGAUUCUGGGAAAAUCCUGGCUCCUCCGCCUCUUCCAGGAGUCCCCAGCCCCCUCAAGGCCAAGAAGGCCACCCCCACAUCCAGCACCUCCUCCUCCACCUCUUCCCCCUGCUCCUCCUCGGUGGCCAAGCGCAGGAGGCGUCCAGGCAAGAAGCUCCGGGACAAGGCCGGCGGUGUCGUGGGUGCUGGCGGCGAGGGCAAAGCCUCCACUGGAGGUUCUCUCACCAAGCCAUCCAGCCCACCGAGCCUCCCGCCGGCCCCCAUGAUGCCAUCUUCCUCCUCCUCAUCCUCCUCCUCCUCCACCAGCGUUCUCCCUCCGUCGUCCUCCCCGCCCCACACGCCUCCGCUCUCCCUGCCCCUGCUGCCGUCGGGCCGGGACGCCCGCUGCGACUCCAGCCCGGACUCCCAGACGGUGGACAGCAGCUGCAAGACCCCCGAGACCUCCUUCCUGCUCCCGGAGGAGCCUCAGAGUGGUCAGCCUGUGCCCAGUAGCCCGCCGCCCCUGUCCGCAUCCUCCAGCAUGGGGGGCGGUGGUGGUGGGGGUCUGCUAUCCACCCCAGGAGGGCUCCUCAGUCACAACAAGUCGCUCCUGGGCGACGAUCAGAAAAACUCUCCCCCGUGCUCCACCUCGUCUGGCUCGGCGCUGCCGGUGCUGCCUCUGUCCCUGCCUCCCUCAGGGGUGGAUCCCUCGUCCUCCUCCUCCUCCUUCCAGUCGGUGUCGUCCUCGUCUAAGCCACCGCCUCCCCCUCCGCCCCCUCCCUCCGCCCCGCCCCUACCCUGGAGCCUGCAGACUGGAGUGGACUGCACCGCAGGGGGCGUGCUAGCCUUAACAGCACUCCUGUUCAAGAUGGAAGAGGCCAACAUCGCCAGUCGCGCCAAAGCACAGGAGUUCAUCCAAGCCACCAGUCAGGCUCCACCUCUAUCAUCAUUAGCCCCACCCCCGGGUCAAAACCAGUUCAUCCUGCACAGCUCUCUCCCAUUGGUGGGCAACACCAAGGCUCCUCCGUCCCACCUGCUCUCUGGGCUGUCUAUGGGAGGAGGGUGCGCCCAAACACCACCCCCGCCCGCUCUGCCAGCCGGCAUCGGAGGAGCAGGGGAAGGUGCCUGGGAUAGCGACAGCAAAGAUCCCGACAAGUAUUUGAAGAAGCUGCACACUCAGGAGCGUGCGGUGGAGGAGGUGAAGCUGGCCAUCAAGCCCUACUACCAGCGCAAGGACAUCAACAAGGAGGAGUACAAGGACAUCCUGAGGAAGGCGGUGCACAAGAUUUGUCACAGCCGCACGGGAGAGAUCAACCCGGUGAAGGUGGGCAACAUGGUGAAGCUGUACGUGCAGCGCUACAAGUACUUCCGCAAGCACGGCCGCAAGAUGGACGAGGAGACGCGCGACGGAGACCGGGACAUGCACGGCUCCCCUUGAUGAUUGGACAGUUGGACGCGACUGCGCUAAAGACUGGCAGACUGGCAUCCAAUCCCUUUACUCGUUUUGCCUGGCUCUCGAUGCUGAUUGGCUGCAUCGGUCAUGGACCGCCUUUUUAUCCUGCACGUGUUUGUUUUGUUUUGUUUUUUUGUUUUUGGGGGGCGGAGGGGCCACGGAGGCCACUGAGUGACAGUUGUUUGUUAUGAAAUCCCCUCGUAUGUAUACAAGCCCCCCCCAUCCCUCCCCCUGAAACCAUGACUUUAGCUAUCAUGUCUUGCUGUACAGACUUACAAUUAGGAUUUAAGAAAAAAAAAAGAAACGGACACACUCAAAAGAAAAAAAGCGAAAAAAAAACAUGUAUGUACUACAGACAAACAGACUUUUAAAGACAGAGAGAGAUGAACCUUGCAUACAUUACCUGCAUACAGUUGCAUCUAUAUUAGACAAGACACCCUAAACCUGUACAUACUGGUAAAGACACUACUCUGACCUGACCUGAUGGUGUCUGGCCUGGCUCUGGCCUGGUUGAGAGAGUGUGGAUAGCAGGUUGGACCUGCACGGUCAUUUGCUCUAUGUGGCGUGUGUGGAUGUUGGAUGAAUGGAGUUAUGAGUAAUUAUCUAAAUAUAGACAUUUGACAAAUGUUGA